AUGCUUUCAUUGAUCAAUGCAUUCCCCUCUCAACUUCAAAAAAGAACUACUUCCUUUGUUCAAUGCCCUCCUAUUCAAGGGACCACUACACCACCAACCUUCAUCUCCGUAACACUCAAUCCUGAUCCUGUCGUCCCCGGAAUUCCAGAUAAAUUUACUGUUUCCGGAAUUUUAGAUUCAGAUAUUACAGUAAAAACCAAACUUUUUGUAUUUUAUGCUGAUCCUAUAACUGGAAACGCAAUAAGCGACUUAUAUUAUGGACACGUUUGUGAAGAAACUGGGUGUCCAAUUAAAGCUAAAACCCCAUUCUCUACAAGCGUGGUUAUUCCGACACCACAAAACUUACCUAAUCCAUACGGCAUUUCAGUUAAUAUUGUUGAUAUUGAAUCUCGAGAAGUUAUAGGCUGUGCAUAUACCAUCGUUAAUGAUAUUGUUCCAACUGUUUUCCUUCAUCAUUUGUAUAUCGAUAAUCCAAUUAAGGUACAAUAUGUAAUGAUGAGAUGUUGGGAUGAUGAAUUACAAAUUCUCUUUUAA